AAAAAGAAGAGGACCCGAUUUCGCCCCGCACUUCCUCCUCUCCAAAUCCCUCUCCGCCUCCGUCCGAUCCUGCUCACCCCCGCCCGCGGCAGACUCCCGGCGGCACCCCUCCUAUACAUAGGCGGCGCCCUCCUCUCCCCGGAGCCGCUAUAUUUUCCGCGAGCCCAUUCUGCCCCGUGCGCCCGCCCGCGCCACCCCCACCACCAUCCGUUAUCGGUUGUUGCGCCGCGCCUUCGGUGCCGAGGAGAGAGAGAGGGGUGGCCAGGAGGAGGAGGAGCAGCGGCCUCCGCGCGCCACCGGCGAGGGAUAGGGAGGGAGGUUGGUUGAUAGGGAGGGAGGGAGGGAGGAGAUGAUGGCGUUCAGGGGGCAGAGGCCGGCGCAGUCGGAGCAGAUGUGCGACGCGGCGGCGGCCGUGGUGGCGGCGCGGCAGGGCAUGGAGCAGCCGCUCACGGCCGUGGCCGAGGCGUUCGAGGAGCUGGCGCGCGGGAUGGAGGCCGACGGCGGGGAGCUCCGCCUCGCCCCCUUCGGCGACACCUGCGCCCUCGUCUCCGUCCUCUUCAACUCCCUCGGCAUCGCCUUCAAGUUCGCCGAGAGCGAGUACGUCACCAAGGUGAACGACCUCAUCGGGGCAUCGAGGGAGUACGCGACGCUCAACGACAUCCUGGACAAGGACGUGGAGAACGACUCGGUCAAGAAGCAGGGCAGCCAUUCCCGGAACCUGCGCAGGGUCCGGCUCGGCCUCGGCCUCAUCAAGGCCCUCUUCGAGCAGUUCCUCGCAACCGAGGGCGGCUCGUUGUAUGAUGCCGCGACGACGGCCUACGGCCAGGUCUGCGCCCCGUUCCAUAGCUGGGCAAUCCGGAAGGCGGUUGGUGCCGGGAUGUACACUCUCCCCAGCAGAGAACAGUUGAUAAUGAGGCUCAACGAAACUGAUUGCUCUGUGCAGAAGGAGAUGAGGAGAUACAUCGACGCUUCUAGUCCGAUUAUAGUGUACAUCGAUAACCUGUUCCUGUCUAGGAACAUUGUCCUAGAUUGGUGAACUGAAUCGGGGAUCAUGCUUGCGGCUCUCCUCACGAGCUGUUAUUGAUGUCAUUGUUUUAUUUUUAUUUUCUCAUAGCUUUCUAGCCUUGGUGGGGCGGUGGAUGCUCUCCCUUCGCACUGUCUCUUGUACUGUACGAUUAUAUGAAAAAUCUAAUUCUAAACCAAGAGGCGGUUCUAGUA